AUGGAAUCUUCCGAAAACAAUGGUGCAGAUGACGACCGGUCUACGAAACCAGACGACACACUCAAAUACCAUCUUCUUGGGCCCUCACUGACCAAGGCUGGGCAGAGUACGGUAGAUCAACAAAAGGUAUCCGAAAUCAUAUACAACGCGUCAAAGGGCUCCAAGUUCUUUAGUCAUGAAAAAUUUCGCGACCAACUAUUAACGACAAAAAUCGAGCGAAUUCUUGCUCAAAUGCAAAAGCUGGGAAAAAAUGAUCUUUUAUUAUAUACCCGGCGGGCGGACGAGUACCUUGCUGAGCUUGAAGUGGGACGCGAUCUCUCCCAGAUCGUUGUGCAUAUCGACUGCGAUGCAUUCUUCGCGGCUGUUGAGGAACUUGACCGACCUGAACUACGCGAAUUACCCAUGGCUGUUGGUAAGGGAGUUUUGACGACUUGUAACUAUCAUGCGAGGAAAUUUGGCUGUCGAAGUGGUAUGGCUGGUUUUAUCGCAAGAAAGCUCUGUCCAGACCUCAUCCUAAUUCCGCAAAAUUAUCAAAAGUAUACUGCCAAAGCUGAGGAAAUCCGAGCUAUUCUCUCGUCUUUCGACCCCCAAUUUCAAAGCGCUAGCAUCGAUGAAGCAUAUCUGAACAUAACUGGUUAUUGCGCAACCAAUGAGAUUGAGCCAGAGGUGGCUGUUCGCAGGCUACGUAGUCAAGUUAUGGAGCAAACAAAAGUGGCAGUUUCUGCUGGCAUUGCACCUAACGCGCGGAUAGCCAAGAUCUGCUCGAAUUGGAACAAACCAAAUGGGCAACACUAUGUUCCCAACGAUCGCUCAAUUAUUAUGAAAUUCAUGUCCGAAAUACCAGUACGCAAAAUCAAUGGCGUUGGCCGCGUUUUUGAAAGGGAACUUGAGGCCAUUGGUAUCAAGAAUUGCAGCGACAUAUUCACACACCGCGGAGUUAUUCUACCAUUAUUUGGAGAAAAAUGUUACAAAUUUCUGAUGCAAUGUUACUUAGGGUUGGGAAGCACCAAAAUACGACCAGUCGAAGAAUCUGAACGAAAGAGCGUUGGGACGGAACGUACAUUUAGAGACAUAGACGACAUAGCUGACUUACAAGAAAUGCUUCAGCUGACCAGCCCUUGA